AUGUGCGGCAUCUGCCUUCUUGUGCGGCAGAAGCUCGUGAACGCCGCGGCCACCACUACGCCGGAGCUAGCUUCACCGAAAAAAGAAUCGCAGCAGCAGUCCGCAAAGUCCAGCACGGCGGCUUCACACUCGAAUUCCUUUUAUCUGCCACAAGACGAGGUGUUGCACCAGCAGCGCCACAGCCACGACUCCAACGGCGUAAGCAGCGCCACCUCUUUUUCGUCAUGGGAGGGGCAGACGCACAGUCUCACCCCAUGCCUGUGCACGCAGACGGGGUUGGAUGUGAAGAACUUCCUCAGCAGCAACAGCAGCGAAACGGUCGAUGACCUCUUCACAGAAAUGGUUCACAAUCUGCGCCGCCGUGGCCCUAACACGUACGGCAUCACCCGGCGAUCCUUCUCCACGGUCUGCCAGGUGCUCACUGACGGCGGCGUCUCGCUGAUGCAUCCUGUGCCGUCCAUUUCAUCAGCAGUAAUGGCGAACGACGGGGACGCGAUAACUAGCACCACUGCCCCGCACGCGUCCGUGCCUGCAAGCGCCGCCGUAAACGUUCGUACGGAGGUUGCAGGAGUCGCGUCUGUUCUUGGCCUGCGCGGCCACUCUACCGUCGCGCAGCCCUACGACGUGAACGUGGAGACGGACGCCGAAGAAGACGGCCCUAUCAAUUCGUGGGACUACCGCUCUUCCCUCUUGUGGAACGGAGAGAUAUUUGGCGGCGCUCUCUGUCCGCCUCCGUGGGGCUCCGACACGGUGCUGUUGGCGAGCCGCCUCUCUCAAAUGGAGUUGGAGUGCGUGAACAUGACACAAGAGACCUCAUCAGGGCCCAAGCUGCCCCCGCUGGCGCAGCGCCAGCGCAUCUUCCUGCACAAGUGCACCACGUUGUUUGAGCAGCAAGUGGAGGGGCCGUACAGCUUUAUCUUCAUUGCGACGCGGCUUCGUCUCGCCAUCUUUGGGCGAGAUCCACUCGGUCGGCACUCGCUCCUCACACACGUUCGCGUGACCGUGCCACCGUCAAACUCGGGACACAAGUCCACCGCAAGUGGCGUCGGCCCAGCGGCGACGCAUGAAUUUCCGGAAGAGUUGGAUGUGCAGCUCAUUGUCAGCUCCGUCGGUGUGCAGCACCGCCCGCCGGCUAGCUCCACGGACCUCACCUCAGCUCUUUCCUCUUCCUCACAGGUCACGAGCAGCACCACCAACCUCUUGCCGCAGCCGGGCGAUGCCGAAAAGCUGACUCUUAAUGGCGCGGUCAAGUCGAAGCGACCUCGCCAUGAGAAAGCGGUGCCGACGACUACGUCGUUAGAAAUCGCCUCCCCUCUUCCAUCUCCUCCUGUGCUGCGUCCGGAGCAGCUGUCGUCACUGAGUGCAGGGGACGAGAACGACGACGAAAGUGGUGAUGUUGCCGGUGCCGAAUACCGAGAGGUCUGCUGGCAAGAGGUCGGCGUCACAGGACUCUUCGCCGUCCCUCUGCAGGCCCCUCUCGUCUGCCACGAUACUGCGGCGGCGGCAGUGGAGGCGGAGGCGUGGUCUGCUGAUCUUGCCGGCUCUGAAGGCAGGGCGGCGCACCAGUCGCUUAAUCUUCAUCCCGUCUGCCUGUCCGCAGCGACAGUGAUGAACGGCGCCGGUGACGGGUAUCAAACCAGUCUCCGUGCCGCUCACGUGAUGCUCUUGCACUGCCCCUGGCAGCGAUCAAACCACCUUGUGCAUCCGCUUCUGCGCACAGUCGGGUUGCCGAUGGUGCCGCACGAGCCGCCGUCUUUUGAGCUCAUUCUCGCGCACGAGGAGAUUGCAGUGCUGCCGGAGCCGCUUCUGCACUGGGCGCGCCACCUGAUGAAGAGCAUCCAGCCUGAGGAGGCACUGGACCAGAGCUGGGUGGACUGGGCUGCUGCACAUUACAUGUUAGCUCUUGCUGUCUCGAUGCACCGCCGCAUCACCGUGGCGAACGCUGGCGCAGUGGACGGCCGCGAUGCGCAGGAGCUGACGACCGCACGUCGGCGGCCCCUGUGUAUUCUUUUUUCCGGGGGCAUCGACUGCACCGUCAUCGCCGCCCUAGCGCACUACCUGCUGCCGGUGGAGACCCCUAUUGAAUUGGUAAACGUGGCAUUCGGCGAGACGCCAGAGCAGGCGCCCGACCGCGUCGCCGCCUUCCGCUCCAUGGAGGAGCUUCUGCGCCUCCCGCUUCUUCACACGUCGGGCGACGACGCGGGGGCAGGUGGCGCAGGGGCAGCAGCUGCCACGCCGGAGCGGGAAUGGCGCCUGAUCUUGGUGGACGUCCCGUCGAAAUCAACCGCGGACAGCGCCCAUAUAAAGGACUUGCUCGUCCCGCGGCACACCGUUAUGGAUCUCGACAUUGGCACGGCGCUCUGGCAUGCUGCGCGUGCCUCAGGACGCAUGCAGAGUUUGCGCCCCAGCGACGUGGCGGGCGGUAGCGCACCGGCGACGACCACGGCACGUGGUAGUCCGACGUCAGCUUCCACCCCCGUGCGCAUCGGCAUGGGCACUCCCACCGUCACGCUGGACGAGUUCUCCAAACACUUUCGCGCCUACACAGGUGCGACUCCCGUCGCCAGCUUUCCGCCCGACGGUGCGACACCGGACGCGUGGCUCCCCGGCAGCGCUUCCGCCUUGCUCGCCAGCAACGCCGCGCACGCGACGGCGGCCACCCUGUCGACGUCCUCGUCGUCCGGGUCUAUGGAUCCCGACUCUGUGGCGAACGCGCAGAAGUACCAAAUUCUGGUGGACGUUCUUGUCAAGGAAGGACGCAGUGGCUCUGGUCCGCACACGCCAGUGCUGCUGUCUACGCUUGGCAAGGAGUACAGUCUCUUUCUCCACCCGCACAUCAAGCGCUACGGGUACAAGAAGCUCGGCAGCUUCUUGAACGACGCAGCCAAGGCCGGGUACGUCAAGUUCGCGCCGGACGCCCCAUCCAAGGCGGUGCGGCUCUGCCGACCUUGCGACAUGCGACGGGCCACUGCCGUGCCGCCGAGUCCGUGGUUCACGACGGAGUAUAUGAAAGCGAAGGAGCCGGUGCGCGCUCCCGACGGAUCGGUGCAGCCGCCACUGCCGUGUCCGGGAACGUAUCAAGAGUCUUAUGUGUCGCAGGCAAAGGUGGUGCUGCUUGGCAUGGGCGCAGACGAGACGCUGGGUGGCUACACGCGCUACCGGCGCUUCUUUCAGCGAGAGGGCAUGCAAGGAGCCCGCCGAGAGCUCGAGCGAGACUUUGCCAGACUGUGGCAGCGCAACUUGGGUCGUGACGAUCGCAUCACGAUGGACAGUGGGCGAGAGCCGCGUUUCCCGUAUCUUGAUGAGGGAGUCGUGCGCACCCUGGAGUGGAUCGUGCUAAAGCGUCGCAACAACAUCCUGUCCACACAGGAGUUGCUGUCGCGGCACACGGCGAGCAGCGGCGUCGCUGCUGUGGACCCAGUGUUUGCAACCUCACCGACUUCUUCCUCUUCGCUGCACCUGGGCACCGCAUCGAACCCGCGUGAGGCAGCGCCACCGCUGACGAGCGACGAGCUUUUGCAGCUCGCCAUCGAGCCCAUUGUCAGCUUUCGCCUGAACCUCGGCGAAGGCGACAAGCGCGUUUUGCGCCGCGUGGCGAGCGUGCUGGGUCUGAGCGACGUUACCCGUUUGCAGAAGCGUGCCAUCCAAUUUGGCUCUCGCGUUGCGGAACGCAAAAUCAAAGGCACCAGCGACUUCUGA